AUGGGUGGGAAAAUUCCCAAGCUUGAGAGCAAGGCUAGCGGCCAGAACGCUACUAAUGCCACUUCUCCCCUACUAUCCCCCCCAAUGUCUGCAACUUCAAGCGACUCGGACUCGAUCUCGUCUCGCGGGGAUUUCGAUCCGGUCGACAUGGAGCUGGAUCUGAAUGGGGGUGCUGGUCUGUCAGACGUCACCACGCCGCCCGCCACACCUCCUCCCAAGGCCACCUCUGUGUCUGCUGGAGAUCUUCUCUUCGAAAGGCACACUGCACACAGGCUUCCCGUCUCUUUCGAGGAGUCUUUUUCGAACCGCCUUGCGCACCAGUUUGUGGCGCACGAUCAACAAUUCCAACAAAUGUGUGCCAAGCUCGACGGCAAAGUGUCUCACGAUAGAGUGUACAUCUUUGUCGACGGCUCCAACAUCAGCACCAGCUUCUACCAGGACCUCAAGAAGAAGUUUGGAAUGCGCCACAAUGAGCCGCUCCCCGGUUGCCUUGACAUCGUCAAACUGCAUGAGAUAUUGCAGCGAGACAGACAUGUCAUGGCCUCCCACAUCGUUGGCUCCAAGGCUCCCGGCAAGACUGAGGCUCAGUACUUCUUUGAUGCCGAGGAGAUUGGCUACCAGAAGACCAUUCUUCCUCGAAUUCCCAAAGAUGGCAAGAAGCCGUUCUCGAACACGUCUGAUUCUGACGACAUAUAUUCGAGACGCCGUGAGCCCAUGCAGGAGCAUCAGGUUGAUGAAAACCUUCAGCACUUGAUGAUCAACUGCGCCGUCGACAACAUCAACAACAAAGGUGUCAUCAUCCUCGUCACUGGGGACGGCAACUCGAACGAGUCCGGUACCUCUGACGGCUUCCCCGCUCACGUUGUACGUUGCCUAUCGUUGGGUUGGGCUGUUGAAGUGUACUCUUUCAAGUCGGCGUGCUCCGAGGUCUGGACCCAGCCGGAGCUUCUCAACAACAAAGGGUGGGCUGGCCGUGUCUCUGUCCACUAUCUGGACAGCUAUUUGCACGACUUGUGCAAGCCUUCUUUCGAGAAGCAGCUGUCGGAGGUUGCUGCGAAGCAUGCCACUCGGGCGUCUUGUCGCCCUACACCCAUGACUCUGAAGCGGAUGACGCCGAUCGCUGAGGAUAAGGUCGCCUCCCCUCAUUCUCACGCCGCUCACCCUGAGAACGACUGGAGGACUCCUUCCCCCAAAAAGGCAAAGUUCACCGGCCCAGUGAUGUCUGAAUAUCAGUUAGUGACAGCUACCAAGUCGCACACAACGUCCGAUUACCAAACGCUUUUGCAGAGUGCCAGCACCUUUGGCGCCACCAAGACCACCUUUGCUUCCACAAACGGUUUUGUGGGCGGUUGCUUCGGCUCGUUCCAAUAG